AUGUAGGAUAUCCCAUCUAAAUUAGAACAUUCUAAUCGAUUUCAAUUCCUAUAAGUAACUCCAUCCACCCACCCGGUUCAAUAUGUCUCCAUGUAGAACUAUAACGAACCCAGAUAAAUCUCAAGAGAACGAGACAGCAACCAAAUCCCUUAUUAGUAAGUGUGUCCAAAGGGUUUUUAGAGUCUGAGAAUAAUGAGUCAGCCUGAUGGCAAUUAAAGUAAAUCCCCAGUGGUUACAGCCAUGCAACCCUAACCCAACACAAGACCUAAUUAGAAUUCUAAUUCUCUGUAAAUGUAUAUAGACAACGCUCUAAAAAAUUAAAGAGAGGAAAUGCUCAAAUUAUUAGAAUAAUAAAACAAAUAGAUAGAUUAUAUGCAUUAAUAACAACAACUCAUAAUCUAGUAGCAGUAGUAACAACAGGAAAAGAAGAAAGAACCAGUAAAUAUUGAAUCCCAACUCAAUUAAGUGAAAGAAUAAUUGCAAAUUUAGAUUACUCAAGGCUGUAGAGAAAUGAUUCACAAAUUAUAGAAACAAGAAUAGACUGACUUUAAGGCUUUGCAAGUGUAAAUUGAGAAAUUAAAAUCUCAACUAUAUUAGAUCAACUUAUCAACUAGCAAGUAGUCUGAGAAAUUAUAAUAAUCAUAUAAAGGGAAAGAAAACGAACCAGAAGAAUAUUAAUAUAAAAAACACAUACCUUAAAGAAAUUCCGUAGAUAAUUACGAUCAGUAUAUCAAGAAAUAUGAGUAAUUCAACAAAUAGGUUAAUGAUUACUUGAUUAAUCGCAAAAUACCUGACCAUCUAAGUUCAAUACUAAAUUCUAGUAAAGAUUCGAAUAGCGAGAUACACGAUAUUGAAUACAUAUAAUCGGAUCAUCCCCUCACUGAUAUUACAAACAUUCAAAACAUCAAAUAAAACAAAUCCUCUUAACCAUUAUAAUAGAUUGCUUAACCAUCAAUCCCCUAAUAGUUUGUGAGUCAAAAGACUACAAUUUAGCCAUCUAAUUAAUCUAAUGAGGAUUCCCCUAUCAAAGCAUUGAAUGAGUAAAUGAUGAUCGAUAGUUUAGAUAAUAUUAAUGUGCAUGAUCCUAAUAGUUUAUAAAUUACUAAAGAGGAAUUUGAUCAAUUAAAAUCUUAAAGAAUGUCAACAAUACAUGAGAAUGAGGAUGAAGAUGAAGAGCUAAUGUAUUAGGUGGAUGAGAAUGGAUUUGUUCUUAGUCAAGAUGGACAUCCCUUAAUUGAUGAAACAGGAAAACGAAUCUAAUUAACAAAAUAAGAACUUUAAUUCUAUAAAAGUAAACUUCAUAGUUGA